GAAAAAUUGUGUCGCGACAUCUUCCUGCUUGUAUUGAUAGUAAAUGUCUUAUAACAACUUUACUUUACUGUAAGUUAAUCUAAGAGUAUAAGAAUUUUCUUAUAAGUUCGAACAGUGCCAUGUGCUUAUAUUAGUGUUACUAGCUCAUAGUUGCUACUAAGUUAAGCUAUACAGUCAAACUUUUAUUCCAUAUUAGCUGUUGGAGUUGCCUAAUUGCAAAAAAAAAGAGACAUCCCCAAAAGUGUGGAGGACAAAAAAAGAAAGGUAAAGCAUAGUGAAGUCUGAAGAUAGGCAUCACACAGAAGUCAAUUAUCAUCAGUAAUGAGUCAGAUAGAAUCUAUUGGAAUUCAUCCGACAGCAUUGUUGAAUAUAUCUGAUUCUGCUUCCAGAAAUGCUGGUUCCAAGUUCGGUAUUUUGUUGGGAAAGCAUAACUCUACAAAUGUUGUGAUUCAUACUGCUUACGAAAUAUUAUUUGAAGAUAAACAUCUAAUUGAUAUUGAAUAUAAUCUAAAACGUUAUGAUCAAUUCAAAGUGGUGUUACCAGAAUAUUCUUUUGUGGGAAUUUAUCAAAUAAAUAAUGAUUCAUUAUUCCUAGAUGAAUUUUCUCUGAAUGCUUUUGCUCAAGUGUCUCAAUUAAUGAAAGAUGUUAUUCCAACAACUGUUCUAAUAUUUAAUCGACAAGCAUCAGAACAUCAAAGUGCAAUACAAGCAUAUGUUGAAGGUAUCCCAACUAAAACAUAUAUUAUUAAUAGUGAAAGUGAAUUUGUUGCUACAUCCACCAUAGCUAAUCAUAAAGUCUACCAUACAGUACAAAAGAAUGUUGAUGAAGAUGAAGAUCUAAUAAAUGAUACUGGAGUUAAUCCUCUUCAUGGUUCUAUAAAGUUAUCUGUUGAUCAAUUACAAGAAAGAAUACAACGAAUUUUGGAUUUCUUAGAAUCUGCUCAACAAAACUCUUCCAGAUUAUCACAAGAGGAAAAAAUUACACUAAUCCAGAUAAAUAACAAAGUGGUAUACCUUUCCAAUAAGUUAACUACGUUUAGAGAAGCUUCAGCCGUUAAGGGAGGAGAUUCUCAUAAUGUUCAAUCCUCUCAAUUAAGUUUAAUAACUGAACAACUCAUAGCUCUUGAUAACUUGAAAUUGCAAAUUGGGAAAAAUAUUGUAAGAUUUGGAAUGCAAUCAUUCCAUCCGGGUCUAUAGGUUUAAUAUAUUAGUGAAUAAGAUAAAACAGUCAAAUUUGUAGACGAUUUGCAAAAAAAAAGUUAAAAAAAUAAUGACUCCGACGCGGUUCGAACGCGUGCAUCUUAUCGAUAGCAGAACUUGAGUCUGCCGCCUUAA